ACAGAUCAUCGUGAUAGUGUUCUCCUGAUCAUAACCGUGCCACAUGCCAAUGCAAGCAAAACAGCGAGGUUCGACUCAUCCCACUAGGACUGACAAUUCAAUGGUAACAGUAUUUGCGGUCUGUGGCGUAGCAGUUGUGGGGAACGACUGCACUGCUGAAGGGUUGGCUUCCAAGAAUGCCUUGCUUGUAAAAAAGAUCAAGGCGACGCUGGGGGUGAGUAUGGUCACCGAACAAGUAUUCACCGAUUGGUCGCAGCUAAUUGUGUUGACAUGGGGAGUACUUUGCAGGCGCCCGUCAGAUUCGAAGCUUGCUCCGAAAGUCUGAUUGGCCCACGUAAUGUUAAACUUCUCUGAAACAGAAGGUGCCAACAAAUAUUUUACUUGGAUAGAGGCUGGCAUCGCAUUGAAUUCUGAUACUGCCUCCUCCGAUAGAGAAGUUAGCCGUGUGAUCACUUG